CGUCGACUCUUUUUCACUCGAUCGCCAGGGAUUCUCGACUCGUCUUACUCCUCUCUUUCGUCAGUUUUCCGUCGCUAGGGGGAAAAGAAGAGACGCGACUCGGUGAAGUACCGUCGGUGUAUUCGGUUCGGUCGUUGGAGCGAGUUCGCUCGGCGAAACGUCCAAUCGGGAACAUUACCGCUUCGCGGAGUCUAAUACCGGUGUGGAGGAAAGUAUCGCGAAACCGUCUCACCGGCGAACCAGGAAUCGAGACGCGAUGAAGGAGAGCCUGGUGAAGCGAGAGAUGAAACGCGAGUGGGAGGAGAGUCGAGUCGACGAGAACUCGGCCAGGAUCGCUGGAAGCGGGAACGCGGCGACGGUAACGGCGACAGCGAUCGAAGAGCAACGGCAAUCGGCCGAGAGUGGCCCUCGGACGGUGAUCACGGCUAGGAGACACGUGCGAACGAUUACGACCGCCGGCCACAUAACCGAGAACGCGGCCGAACCCGAAGCCGACCUCGGUCCCGAUUCGCCGGACGCGAACGCGAUGUCGGCCAAUCUGCAGCUCCAGUCCCAACAUCGGCAUCAGCUCCGGCAACAACCGGCCGAACAACAGCAUCGACAGUCGCAGUCGCGAAAUUACCGAGAAGCGGACGAGCAGGAGCAAGGGGAGCAACAAACGGCGCAGCACUUUGCGCACAUCUCUCGAUCGGAAGGGGAUCUCGAGCAGCAGCACCAGCAACAACACCAGCAACAACACCAGCAACAACACCAGCAACAACACCAGCAACAGCACCACCGCCCCGGGGACCAACAGCGACUGCCGGUCGUCUAUUUGACGAGCAACGGACAGGAAGUGAAGGUCGAGGUUUCCGGAACGGUGGAGCACGGGGGUGCGCUGUCGGUGAAAGAGUCGACGAGGUACGAGACCAACGACGGACCCGAUCGAAACGAGAUGGAAGGCAUGUACGUUUACGCGACCGACGGUCAACAGCUACGCAGGGAGAACCACGGAAUCGCGGUCCACGCGCAAGAGAGACGGGCCCAUUCGUCCGCGACCCAACAGAGGUACAGUCCGCGCGAGAGCGGACAGCCGAGCGGACAGUCGAGCGGAGGAAACGGCUCGGCGGCUGGCAGGACUUACCACCACGGGUCGCCGUUGCUGGUUUCGAGCGGCGAGGAAUACGAGGCGGGUACGUCGGUGACGUCGCAGUCCAGCGCGUCGGCGACGGCGGCCGCGUCGGUGGCCGGUACCAGCGUCGAAGCUGCGACCGGGGAGGGGUCCGAAACCGGGACAAGCGCGGGCACCGGGACCGGCGACGGUGCGGAGAACGCGACCGGCUCCGGGACCGUUCAACUGGGUUCCAGUGCCGCCCCGGCGUAUUCUCCGCCGAUCGUCGGCGACGCCGGUAUGCACGGAUCGACGCCGAGCGGACAACAGCAAGCGGUCCAGCAACAGCACCGGCUGGUCACCGGAUACGCGGACGCCGUCGUGGAAUUCGCGGCGGCCGUCGCGAACGAGAAACAAGUGUCCAGCACCUACACCACGCUGGAGACGGUAGCGAUACCGCCGUCGCAAGCCGUGCAGUACGCCGCGCAGUACAUCCCGAGCAGCGAUACCUUCCAACAGGCUCCGACGUACGCUUACCCCAAGUCCGGGGAGCAGCUGAUUCUCGCGUAUCCGCCGACCGGUCAUCUGAGCGCGCGCGUCGCCGCGGUAGAAUCGCCCGGUAGCAGUUACAUGAAGGGCGACCCGACUCUCGCGGCCGCAGCGUCGCGCGGCGUGUCGCUUCACUACGAGCAAUCGACCUCUCCGAGCCCUCAGAUGACCUUGUACAGCGGCGGCAGCGGCGUGUACCCGUACGCGAAACCGACCGCGAACGCGGAGUACUGGACCACCCCGGGGACACCGUCGCCGCCCACGUUCGACGGGAAUCAGAGCUACCCAGGCGUCACUGCCAUCUCGAUCGGGGACGCGACCAACAUGCAACUGUACUCGGGCGGAGGAUACAGCGUGUCGGCCGGCGCCGGGGGCGCGCCCUCGCCGUGGAGCAGUUUGCCGAUUUCCGGCUCGGAGGAGAACUUUGACGGCACCAUGAUCACCACCGAGCCGAAAGAGUGUCCCGGUUGCGCGGGCCUGACCACCAUCUGGAAAAGGGACGAGACCGGUCAUUAUUACUGUCAGAACUGUCUCUACGUGAAACCCAACGGAGUGAACAGACCGAGCAUGAGAUGCGGCAAACCGAAACAAACGGUCGCUCCGACAGGCGUGCGGAAAACGGGUAUGCAAUGCGCGAACUGCAGAACCUGCAACACCACCCUUUGGCGGCGAAACAACAAUGGCGAGCCGGUGUGCAACGCCUGUGGACUCUACUACAAGCUGCACAACGUAAACAGACCGCUCAGUAUGAAGAAAGAGGGUAUUCAGACGAGAAAGAGGAAACCCAAGAAUCACUCGGGACUCGGCGGAAGUUUGGCCGGACCCAGCGGCAUCCACAAGACCGAGAUUAAGUCUAGCUUACUCGGUGAGUCUUCGCGUGCCACCGCUAGAGCCAAUCGCUAGUCAGCCCAGCGGCGACCUGAUCUCAGUCAUAACUUCUACGACGGCCGUCCACGCGGAGAGAACUUAACGGAAGAGGAUUUCAAUGGGAAAAGCGGCUGCGGCGCGGCGAAACGAAGAUUCGAAACGAAUCGCGCGCGGUUCGAGGAACCGACGAGCAGCGUUGCGCCUACCGUCGAUCGAACCCGACUUGGACUUUACCGACCGAGGAAAUCCUCGAAGCUCGUUUCCGCCGAAACUGCUGCGUCCACCUUGUUCUCACCGGUCGAGAAACGUAUCGUCGUUCCACGCGUUCGCGAUUUCGCGCAACCGCCGGCGAGAAUCGUCGAAAAUUGUUCGCGAUUCGAUCGUUCGUUCUUUCCCGAUUGCCUCGCGAGGAAAACCGACGCCGCGCUAGACCGUUGCGCCAUCGAGGCGGCGUCGCGUCGCGAGCUCGAUCGGCGCAGGCGAGUCCUCGCGUACCGACCGCGCGCCGCUUUAUCGGCGAUCAGGCGGCAGCUCCGCCGAGACCGUUCGCCCUCUGAAGGCGAUCGAGAGAACCCUCGGGCUUACUCUCGGAGGAAGGAAGUUGCACGCGAAAGCUGGUCGCCGCGCAGCUUGUUCGCCUUUCCUCCUUCUCUACCUUUUCCACCGCUUCCUCGUUGUCCUCGUUGUCCUCGUUGUCCUCGUUAUCCUCGUUAUCCUCGUUAUCCUCGUUAUCCUCGCGCGAUUCCAGCGUGGCCUGCUGCUCGAUCGUAGUCGCGUCCGCGUCGUUCCCCCGGAACGCGGGACGCGCAGCCGUUGCCAGAAUAUUUCGCGAAUGUAAAUUGUAAAUACGCGUCCGUGUCGUCCGUCCGGUGAACGGGCGCGCACACAGGCGCAACAGGUAAACGCGAAUACGCGUAACAGCGACAGCGAAAAAUCACGAACCCAAAGAGAAUAGUAUCGUCGCGUGCACAGCUACCGGCGUCGCAACGUCCGACUGGAAAAGACCGAGAGACUCCGAAAUCGCGAGAAACAAGUUUGUUCCAGCCGAGAGUCGAUCGAUCCAUCCGCCCGACUAUUUAUUCCUAUUCCCAUCUUAGCGGAACAGGCGUGGCGCGCUCGUGCGCUCCUCGACGAUCGUCGACACUUUGUAUUUCCAUUCGAUCCGGGGAAAUCCGCGAACGCGCGGUUUUCGCGGAUCGAACUUAUUUUAUACGCGUUCACGUUUUCAAGAGAAUAAA